AUGGACUUCUACCAAAGAUUAAUUCCAACUAUGUUCACCGUCCUAGGUUAUCGACAAGCCGGAAUGCCUUCCCGAUUUCGACAAGCUGAUGAAAUGCGCCGCCGACGGAUCAGACCACAGGAGUUGCUGUUCCCGUCAGAAUAUUCCCAGGAGAUGCUUGGAUUGGUGCAGGGGAGAGCCGGUCCUGAACAACAAGAUUUGCGUCUUGUCUUACACCAAACUGAUAAUGGCUUGUUUCCACGAAGAAAGGAGAUGAUUACUCGAUGUGAAUUGAAAUCAAUGGAGAAUAUAAACUGGAAAAAAAGGUUUGCUAAGCAAGGAGGCAGGAGAGCAAGAGCUGUUUGGAAUGACGAAGCCACCCCAUUUGCUUUUGUAUCAAACGAGCAGUCCGAACAAGAGGAAAAAACCUCACGAACUGCACCUGAGGAUAAGCUUCCUGGUCCACCGCAGAAUGUUCGAGUCGAUUUCAUCGACAACCAUUCAGUAGACGUCAUAUGGGAUCCUCCGUUCAAAAAUGCACACACUGUAGAAUUGUACAGGGUGAUUGUCACGAACAUCGAUUCGAGCACCAAAGAGAGCUUCAGGAAGGACACAGCUGAAUCUCAAAUAAAAAUCGACGAUCUCAAAGCUGGUACGACUUACCAAGUGACGGUGCGGGCAGGCAACAGCCGAGGCACUUCCAGCCUCACCGCUCCCCUCAAAUUCAGCAUGGCCGACGAGCACGUGACCUCCACAGCCAGCAGGGGCGAGCAGGACGGUCACGUGGGCGCAAUGGUCGCAGUGGGGGCGGCUCUGGUCGUCAUAGCGGCCAUCUUGGUGGCGGCGGUGUGGUUCGUGAGGAGGAGGAGGCUGUUGGGAGUGAAGGAUUCCGAUGGAGUUGCGUUCGAGAAUCCUAGUUAUUUGAAGGAGGUCAACAUGGAUCAUAUCAGGGUUCCCCAAUCGCAAAAUGACUCUUCGAAACAAACCAGCGCGACCAACAACGCUUCUUCUUCCACUGACAGCCCGCAGUGGAUAAGUGAAAACUUGCACGUACCUGCCCAACAAGAAGUCGACCCCACCCUGUACGAAGAACUGAAAUUGGGGCAAAACGGAGCGGGUUUCAAGAGGUUGAAGCCCUAG